AGAGAGAGAUGUACCGGGGAAGAGAGAUUGCAACACGCACACAGAUGCCACGCCCCCAGUUCGUUGUCAGCCUAUAGAGUGGCGUUGCAGGCGGGCGGGGUUCCCCUGCUUAAGGAACGUUCCCUGCCAAGUUCGUUCAUUCAGUGUUCAUCCCGGAGUUGCAUCAGUACUACUUUGCUGCACUCACUCCAAAAUACAAAACCCAAGCUAUUACCUUCAGUCACCAGUGGAACCAACCCGGCCAGUUUUAACAAGUCACCCUGCUAAUUUCUCCUGCUGGCGGCUCGUGGUGGUCAAAAAAGCCAGAGAGAGUUACCUUGGCGGUGCUUUCACAGGCACAGCUCAACAGUUCCCCGAGGCGCCAGACGGAGGGUGCGGCAUGGAGUGGACGUGCAAUGAGAACUGCUGGUGCCACAUCCCUGUACAGAAGGAGCGCGGGCCUCCCUGCUACCAGUGCGUGAUCCAGAACUGCUCAUUCACCAGUUCUACGCCUGUACCUUCGGCCCCUCCCCUCCGCGCCUUGCUGGAUUACCAGGAACCCUCCCCUGUACCACACCUGUACGAGGAGCCCAACACAGCAUCACACCUGUAUUCACACCCGUACGAGGAAUCCUCCACAUCACCACACCAGCAUGAGGGAACCAGUCCACCAUCACACCAGUACCAAAGUGAACGCCACCCAUCGCCUUCCCCACCGCCACUGCUGCCCCCGAAGAGAAAUAAGUUAAGUAUCAGGUGCAGCUGGAGUCCCUCUACAUCAAACAGGCUGUCCCUUAGUUCUGAUCCUGCCCCACCAGAUGCUGCAGCAGCGGUGAGACACACCCAGGAGUACUCUCCUUCACCACCAGUAGCCCAGGCAAGGCUUGAAAUGGAGGUUCCGGUUCUGCCAGGCUGGAAAGAACAGUUGCAAGAACACUCUCAAGAUGGAAAUGUAAAGAAGAAUGAACCUACUGAUGUUUCUGGUCUGUUACGAGAGCUGCUCGUGCACGAUGAAGACGUGACUGCUUCGCAAGGUGCUGAAGCUUUCCCUUGGGUGUCGCAAGAAGAAAAUACCUCUUCAACACACAGUGGAAAUAGUUCUUCAGCAACUGGCUCAAGUGCAGCCAAUUUUAGUGAUGAUAACCAGGAUUACCGAAGGAAGAGACGAGGCAGAAUGAGGCUGUCAGGCUUUGGUCUUGAAAGCAAUGUCUUGUCCCAGAGGCACUCCAUGCACGCCACAGCUCAUUAUGGGUCUCUUGAUGAAGAGACUUUCAGACGAAUAAACAAGAUAAACCGUAGAGAAUCUUGGAAGUGUGCUCAACAGCGACAUAUACAGAACAAUAAUAAAGCCUACUUUUAAGCCAAGUAAAGCCAGGAAAGCAGCAGUCAUGUUCCUGUAAUUCCUCCAGCAAUUACCUUAGCCGUUAAGAAGGUGCUGCGGCUUGCCCACCUCAAGCAUAGGAGUGGCGGCAUACGCUUUGCUGAGGAGUGUGGGGUAAGGCACCACACAGUUCAGAGUACUAGUUUACUGGUUGCGUGAAUGUACUGUAUUGAAGAGUGUGAAGACUUUGACCGUGACUUGAAAAAUGAAGGCGCUUAUUCAGAGAAUGUCAUAAGCACCACCAUCCCAUCUUGAGAAAAUUGCCUUUAAGUCAUACAUCAAUAUUUUCAUCCACAAUAAAGAUAUAGGCGUGGGAUUUGUUUCAUGAGAAACCUGUGGUCUUCAUCACCAUCAU